CGUGUAUUUCUGUUUUCUAUAGAGAAUGACGAAUCGUUGACAGACGAUCAACGAGAAAUGAUGCGUAUUAUGGGCUUCUGCAAUUUUGACACAACGAAAGGUAAACAUGUAAUUGGAAAUUCCGUUUACGUUGCAAAUAUCACAAAACAACGGAAGUAUCGUCAAUACAUGAAUCGUCGGGGCGGCUUCAAUCGUCCACUCGAUCCCGUAGCGUGA